GUUAGCUGACACAACUUUGAAUAUAAACAAAACAUUCACAGCCAAGAAGUACAAACUCGUGCUCAAGUUCAUGGAAUAUCAAAUUGAAACGACUUAGAAAACAUAAGCAACUAAAUAAUGGUUCUUUUACAAAAUCUUCUCCUGGGAUCUGUGAAAAAAUCUACGCGGAGUCAUUUACGCGGUAAGUUUCUGGACAGUUUGAGACUCGCUGUCAAGGGCGGUCACGGUGGCAACGGUUUACCCAAGUAUGGUGGCGUAGGAGGACAAGGAGGAGCGGUUUACUUCGUGGCCAAGGAAGGCAAGACACUGAAGGAUGUCGUUCAAAAGUAUCGCGCCAAGAAGAUCUUCGCCGGCAAUGGAGAGGAAAGCAGCAAGAAUCGGAUUUUGGGGCGCCGUGGAUUGGACGAGCAGGUCCAAGUGCCUGUAGGUAUACGGGUGCUAGAGGACGGAGGAUCCCUCAUCGCUGAACUGGAUGAAGAGGGUAAGACGUGCUUGGCCGCUGGAGGUGGUAGCGGGGGUUGCGCUGGGAAUUCGUUCCUAGGAAAGACUGGACAAACGAGAACUUUGAAGUUGGAUCUAAAGUUAAUUGCUGAUGUAGGACUGGUUGGAUUCCCAAACGCCGGGAAGAGCACUCUCGUUAAGGCACUCUCCAAUGCUUCUCCAAAAAUUGCAUCUUAUCCAUUUACAACAAUACGGCCACAAAUCGGUACAAUCGAUUAUGAAGACUACCGCCAAAUAACAAUAGCCGAUUUGCCAGGGCUUAUCGAGGGAGCGCACGCCAAUUUUGGAAUGGGACACAAGUUCCUGAAGCACGUGGAAAGAACGCGGCUGCUGUUAAUCAUAGUGGACGUUUUCGGUUUCCAGCUGAGCCAAAGUCAUCGUAAGCGGAAUUGUUUGGAAAACAUCUACGCUUUAAACAAAGAAUUGGAACUUUAUGAUAAAACGCUGCUCGAGAAGCCAUGCGUACUCUUGGUGAACAAAAUGGACAAAGAGGGUGCUGUCGAGGAAAUUUGCAAAUAUGAUAAAUAUUUUGGGAAUUUGGAAGAUGGGAUUCAACAUUGUCCAGAAGAAUUGAUCCCAAAACAGCUCGUUAGUUUCGACCGGAUAAUACCAAUUUCGGCAAAAUGUAUAACCGAAAUCGAUAAGGUGAAACAUGCUAUUAGGGAAGUUUUGGAUGCAAGAGCGGAGGAACGAUUACACAAUGAAGCAAGGGAUAGUGCCAAUCUAGAAGGGCUUCGAGGGAAACUACGCGAAAAAGGCCCAAAAGUUGGCUGAUGAUUUUUUAACAGUGCGAAAAUAAAGUGUAGAAAUUGUAAAAAUGUGUAUGUUUUUCAAAAUCAUCUGCUGAACAAAGUAGAUAAAAUAAAAACAAUAUGAUCCAAUUCAUUUUCACGAAA